AUGGCAGUAGUUGAGAUGAUUCUCGAAGACAAAGAACAACAACCAAAUGAUGAUCAUCACAAGCCUUAUGAAGUGGUGUUAGACAAUGACUCUUCCCUUGCAUCGGAAGGCUAUUCGAGUCAUUCAACUGCUCAAUUGCUUGUUUAUAAACAAUUCUCUGUGGGGAGAAGAGCAGAUGAUGAUGAUGGAGAGCAAGGAUUGGCCGAUGAUGAAUUGUGUUACAUCUUUGCAUUCCUUUCCAAUGACAUUGCUUCAUUGAUUAAAGUUUCAAUGAGUUGUAAACAUUUCCGAUAUUUGGCUGUGGAGAGAUUGUUCAUUGAUCAGGGACUUUUGGCUAAUAUGCUUCUCCAUUCUGUAAAUAAUCAAUUGUAUAUUAGACAAGUCAUUUUGAAACAUGUCACAACUGAGAAGGGUAAAGUGAAUGAUUUGAGUUUGAUAAAGGCAGACGAACAGAUAUUUGGCAGUUGUAUUGCCAAUUGUUCAACGUCCACGAUAACGAGGGUAGACUCUGAAGAGCAAGCUGAUUUAUUGAAUACUUGUAUUGAUAGUUUGCUAUUGAAUUAUUUGAAUAAUGUAAAGAAGAAUCCAUACAAGUUGGUGUAUGUGGAGGUAUUUGAUAGUUAUUGGAGAUCAGUAAUUGAUUUGGCUCGAAAUUGUAAAAAUGAUGAAAAGGACAAUGAGAAAUUGUAUUGUGCAUUCAGAAACUUUAUGAAGAAUUUAGUUCAAUUUCAGAGCUAUUCAUCAAAGUUUGAACUCGAUAGAAGGUGGGGAUUAUCAACUUCCAAUCUGAUUAUUCAAGAUUUGCUCAUCAAGACAUUGUACGGGUUGUACAUUAUCACCCUAAUAGCCAUCAUUGUAUUUCUAUUGUUUCCCAAUCAAGUUUUAGAAUCCAUGACUUUGCUUUUUCUGUUUUGUGUAACAAUGGGCGUCACUUUUACAUUGAGCUCAAUUUCAGGUCACUUUUAUUUAUUCUCAAUGCUGUAUUGGAUUUAUAAGGGAUCGAGGGAUAUUUCUAGAAUUGACAGUGUUUGCAAUAACUUGUUUACAACACCCAUUCAGGACAAAAUUCCAACAUUUGAUCCAAUUAUUAGUCAACAUGCAAGGGCUCUUAUUGGGCACUUUAGAUACGCAAGAUCCUACUUUAUUUAUUACUAUCACAUAUUAAUGAGAACUCAAGUGAAGAGAAUGGUCCGAGAAAUUUGUGUGCAUAAUGGAAUUCGAGAAGAAUUCAUGGUUCGAUUCGAGAAUAUUUGUAAUGAAUCUUGGUGGAAUGAUUUGAAUGAUUUAACAGAUGACAUUUUAUCCACAAGAUUUCUCUUCACUGUUUUAGAUAUAAUUCCAAUGGUUUCUAUCUGUCUAUGGAUUGCCAAUUCAUCUCUAAAGAGCUUUUUGGGAGAGGAAGCAUUACACGUGAUUGGAUUUUUAAUAUUGAACAUUUCACUCUUAAUUUCAUCUGUGGAAUUAUUCGACAUUGUUCGUUCCUAUAUUCUCACAAACAAUAUUACCAUCCAUUAUAGUAGUUCAAAUCCAGAACGAGGCAAAUACGUGCAAAAACAGAGAAAGAAGGAACAAGCCAUGAUUCAAUGGAAGGACAAUUUCAUUAAACAAUCGUGUAAUCUUUUAUCAACAAAAAGAUUCUUUUCCACUUCAUCACUCCUCCAACAACAAUCAAAGAAUGAUGAUCCAUUGCAAUUUGGUCUCGGAAAGGAAGUGAUUGAAAAGCUUCCUCCUUACUUUGUAGAUUUUCACAGAGGAAUAGCAAAUGAUCCGGAGAAGAGUAUUGCCACAGGUAGUUUACAAGUCAUCAGAGGUGAAACAUUUAUUUCACAAUUAUUUGCCACUCUUGGAGGUCUUCCAAAGGAGAAUGAAGGAGCUCAAGUGAUUGUGAAAAUUGAAGAUAAUUAUUGGAAGAGAACAUUUGAUGGAGAAGCAUUGACUUCAAAAUGGUCGAUAAAGGAUGAUUUGGUCAUUGAAAGUUUUGGAAUAUUUUCAUUUGGAUUUAAAUUAGUUCCCAUUUAUAGGAAUGAUUUGGAAGGUUAUGAAAAUGCACCAUAUGAAAUUGUUGGAUUUGAACAUCAAUUCAAAAAGAUGUAUCUCUUUGGAUUCAUUCCAUUACCUCGCUUACUUUCCAUUGAUCCUAGUGGUCACUCCAUUUGUGUUUUUGAUAAGAAUUCACGUCCAACAAAUUCAUGGUACGUGGAGGUGAAUAUUAAGAAUCCAAUUAUUGGACACUUGUGUUCCUAUAUUGGAGUAAUGUCGAUUAAUUCAAAGUUGUAA